CGAGACUUCGCGCAGAGUCUCCCAAUCCGAUCGAGGGAGAGCGGGAGCUGGAGAUUGAUGAUUCGACAAUUUCUGCGCAAAUCAUCGGAGGUGUCGGGUUUGGCACCCGGUGCUCUGUCUCGACGCGGGGGACGGUGACGAGUAUUUUUCCACAGAACAGUUUUGGCUGGAAUCGUGCGGGCGGAGGGUGAAAACAGAGUAGAGCGCGGAGGUAUGGCGACAGAGGACGAGAGUGCCGUGAAGGAGCCUCUGGAUCUAAUUCGGCUGAGUCUGGAUGAGCGAAUUUACGUGAAGCUGCGUUCUGACCGCGAACUUCGUGGCAAACUUCAUGCAUAUGACCAGCAUUUGAAUAUGAUUCUUGGAGAUGUGGAGGAAGUAAUCACAUCCGUCGAAAUUGAUGACGAAACCUACGAGGAGAUUGUGCGGACUGCGAAAAGACAUGUUCCGUAUCUUUUCGUUCGGGGUGAUGGAGUCAUUUUGGUGUCCCCACCACUACGAACUUCCUAAGUGGACGUUGUGAAUAGGUAGGGUUCUGUACAUUUCUUGUUCCUGAUACCCCCAAGUAAACGUUGGAGCAAAUUGACCAACUUUGAAAUUUGUCGUCAACGACCCAUUCGAGAUGCUUCUAUCGCCGAGCACAAUUGUUCGAUACCUAGUGGUAGAUUGGGUAGUCAGAAGAAUUGUAGGCCCAAUGGAGGGUCUUUGAAGAAAAAAAUAGAAUCUCUUGUCCAUAAUCGAGCUCUCAGUUUCUGCGUUUCUUACAGCAGAAUAUAGUUUGUAAGUCUUUGUGCUACAGAAUUUCACUGGGCAUCUUUUAAAGCCCUUUGAGAUCAGCCUUCUAACCUAUGUUCCAAAGUAGUAAUACAGUUUGUACUUGACAAUACUGGCAACUGGAGUUAGCGGGGAACUGAAGAAAUAGUGAGAGACGGAGACGGGCAUGAGCCCGGCUAGCUGAUAUCUGGGAACGAGUUACCAGUCAAGCCUGCUUAACUCUGUACAGCAUACCACGAUGUAAUAAAGUCCUACUCAAUCAACAUAUGUGCUUUUUGAAUCCGGUGGAAGCGCGGGAAAGGGUUUUUGAUUGGAGUCAGACAUAGAGAACUUAGUGGCAUCUCAACUUGCUUGACUGUUGGCCUCGCCCAGUCCUGAAAUGAGUGGGAACUCUCUUGGUGAAUCAAUUUUAACGUCUCAUUGCUGGA